AUGUUUCACAAUGUGUUUAGUAAGGGAUGGUCUUUGUAUUCUCAAAACCUCAUUAAAAGACCACUCAUAACAAAGGGGUUAACAGCUGCCACAUGUUAUACUGUCAGUGAUGCUUUUAUUCAACAUGCAAAUUAUUUGCAAAAUAAUUCAACAGAGAAGGGUCAAUAUCAACAUGAUUAUAGUCGUUCUGUAAAGUCUUUUAUAUAUGGAGUAUGUGUGUUGGGACCAACUCUUCAUUAUUGGUUUAGAGCUUUGGAUAAGAUUGUGCCAAAUGUCAAAGGCAACUCACUGCCACUUCCAAAGAUUCAUAUUGAUAAGGUUCCAUCACCAUUCUUUAGAAAAUCAACAAAUAAUCAACUUCUCUUAUCAAAUAAUGGGUUGACAAGGGGAAUUACCAACUCAAUAGUUCAAUACUCGCCACAUACAAUCAACUUGCAAUGGUUGACCAAAUUUUCUCCACAACGUUUGGUCUGGAGUGCCAAACGAGUACUCAUCGAACAAUCAAGCUAUGCACUUCUAAUGACAGGCGUCUAUUUCAUUAGUUCCACAACAUUAGAUUUCAUAUUUGACAAGUCACUACUCAAUCAAUCAAUUGGUGAAAGAAUUAAUGCAUGGGCAACAACAAUCAAGUCACGACUCACUUCAGAAUACAAGGAAUAUCACAUGAAUAACUUGAAAAUCCAACCAUUCUCCACAUUUUUCAAUUUUCUUCUCGUUCCACCAAUUUACAGAGGUUUAGCUUUGAAUCUUUUUAAUGUUGGUUUGAAUGUAAAUAAAUGGAGAAAUUCCAAGUAA